ACCAGCAGAGGCAGCAGCCGGAGCAGCCGCAGCCUGCGCCCUCUCCCGCCCGCCCGCCCUCCGCCCGCCCGCCCGCCCUCCGCCGCCCUCCACCCGCCCCGGGGUCUCUUUCCCCCUUCCUCCUCCUCCUCCUCCACCCCCCCCUUCCUCCUCCGCCCGCCCGCGGGGCCCCCCUUGCCUUCCCGCCCGCCCCUAUUGUUCCGCCCCCGGCCUCCCGCCCUUCCCCUUCCCGCCCGCUCCCCUUUUCCCCCUCAGUCGCCUCGCGCCUGCAGUUUUUGGCUUUCACCCCCCCACCAGUGACCAAAGACUUGACCACUCAAAGUCCAGCUCCCCAGAACACUGCUCGACAUGGACACCGGUGUGAUUGAAGGUGGAUUAAAUGUCACUCUCACCAUCCGGCUACUUAUGCAUGGAAAGGAAGUUGGCAGUAUCAUCGGAAAGAAAGGAGAAUCGGUUAAGAAGAUGCGAGAGGAGAGUGGUGCACGUAUCAACAUCUCAGAAGGGAAUUGUCCUGAGAGAAUUAUCACUUUGGCUGGACCCACUAAUGCCAUCUUCAAAGCCUUUGCUAUGAUCAUUGACAAACUGGAAGAGGACAUCAGCAGCUCUAUGACCAAUAGCACAGCUGCCAGUAGACCCCCAGUCACCCUGAGGCUGGUGGUCCCUGCUAGUCAGUGUGGCUCUCUCAUUGGGAAAGGUGGUUGCAAGAUCAAAGAGAUUCGGGAGAGUACAGGAGCUCAGGUCCAGGUGGCAGGGGACAUGCUCCCCAACUCCACUGAGCGGGCCAUCACUAUUGCUGGCAUCCCGCAAUCCAUCAUUGAGUGUGUGAAACAGAUCUGCGUGGUCAUGUUGGAGUCCCCCCCGAAGGGCGUGACCAUCCCGUACCGGCCCAAGCCGUCCAGUUCUCCGGUCAUCUUUGCAGGUGGUCAGGCCUAUACCAUUCAAGGACAGUAUGCCAUUCCACAGCCAGAUUUGACCAAGCUGCACCAGUUGGCAAUGCAACAGUCUCAUUUUCCCAUGACGCAUGGCAACACCGGAUUCAGUGGCAUUGAAUCCAGCUCUCCAGAGGUGAAAGGCUAUUGGGCAGGUUUGGAUGCAUCUGCUCAGACUACUUCUCAUGAACUCACCAUUCCAAACGAUUUGAUUGGCUGCAUAAUCGGGCGUCAAGGCGCCAAAAUCAAUGAGAUCCGUCAGAUGUCUGGGGCGCAGAUCAAAAUUGCGAACCCAGUGGAAGGAUCUACUGAUAGGCAGGUUACCAUCACUGGAUCUGCUGCCAGCAUUAGCCUGGCUCAAUAUCUAAUCAAUGUCAGGCUUUCCUCGGAGACGGGUGGCAUGGGGAGCAGCUAGAACAAUGCAGAUUCAUCCAUAAUCCCUUUCUGCUGUUCACCACCACCCAUGAUCCAUCUGUGUAGUUUCUGAACAGUCAGCGAUUCCAGGUUUUAAAUAGUUUGUAAAUUUUCAGUUUCUACACACUUUAUCAUCCACUCGUGAUUUUUUAAUUAAAGCGUUUUAAUUCCUU